AUGGCAGAUGUUUUGCAACUUUUUGAUGUCAUGUUGGUGUCCGUUGAGUCGAAAACACACAAGAAUUAUGGAGCUGGGCUCCUUCGCUUUCACCAAUUCUGCGACUCACGGCUCAUCCCCGAAAACUCCCGUAUGCCAGCAUCCAACCACCUUCUUGCAGCUUUUGUCGCUUCUUGGGCUGGUAAAGUCACCACCACCACAGCUCAGAACUGGCUCACAGGCCUGCACUUCUGGCACAACUUGCAUGGUGCACCCUGGUUCGGCCACGCUCUAGUGCAUUCGGCCACAGCAGGCCUGGCCAAGGUCGUACCCCCGUUUUUGCUGUGGCGUGCAUUGCAUUCUGGUGUUGUUGCAGACUCGGUGAACUUACACAUCACCCAUUCUACUUCUAUUCGUCAUCGCUCAUUACCCAACCAAGUGCCCUUCAUCGUCUUUCAUUUGCCGUGGAUGAAGACCACUCAUGGAGACGGAGCAGACAUUGUCGCAUCGAAGAUCGACAACUUAACUAAUCCCGUUUCUGCCCUCAAUCAUCACCUCGCAGCCAACUCGAACGUUCCACCCGACGCCCCACUCUUUGCCUAUGAGACAGCAGGCAGGAGUUGGGCCUCCAUGACAAGGCCUUGGUUCCUCGCUCGUUGCAACCAGAUCUGGAAAGGAGCUGGUCUUCUGGAACUCACAGGACAUUGUUUCAGGAUCGGCGGCGCAUCGGAACUCCUCUUGAGGGGUAUCCCACCCGAUGUCGUGGUGAUGCAAGGCCGCUGGAAGUCUCGGGCCUUCCUGGAUUAUUGGCGCAAAAUCGAGUCUAUUCUUCCCCUUUUCGUUACUUCAUUGUUCACGGACACACGUAUUUCUCUGAUUCAUUCAUCAAUGGACUCUUACGCUCGUCGCUACAAAUAAUUGUUUUCCUUUCCUUUCACAGUAUGUUAUCGAUUUUGUGCAAACUCCGUAAGGGGGAGUCGGGGGCCGCAGGUCCCGACUGGGAUGUGAGCUUUGCUCGGGGUGGGUAGCGUCGUGCACCUGUUUUUCGCCCCCAUAUACCUCACUCGAGGUUUUCGGUCUGUUCUUUGUGGUCUCGUUGUCCUCGACUCUUUCAGUUGUCCAGAACAUUCAGAAAGGACUUCGCACAUUGGUUCUAGUUCCGUCGCGUCGCGUCUGACAAGUUCUUCAGAUCACGUGACCAGCGGUCAGAACAUUGCUUGCUAACGUUGAAGUCUUAGAGAAUCGGACAG